CUAGACAGGCAGACGACUCUUUGGCUUAUCUGUGGACAUGCUCAAUCUGGUUUUCCAGAAACAGGUAACAAAAAUAACAAGCAUUCCUCCUCAUUGUAGACUCAAUUUAUAUAGAUCCUUGAAAUCAUCCCUAGAUAGAGUUUUGGGACACCCCAAUGAUCUCAGUGCAUGGCUGCAUUUGCUCCUUCUGCCUGUAUGUACACUUAGUCUUUACUUUCCCAAAAGUUCUACUGAAGAAAGAUCUGGUAAUAGGAAAAGACUUCAGACUGCUUCUAUAAACGAUGUUCUUUCUAGAUGGAGGGAACCACAGGGCUGUGUUGUUUUGGUCCAUCAAAUUCUGCAGAUGCAUAAAGAGAUUCAGAAAGGCAGGAAACAAGGUCAAAAGAAACGUAAAACGAACGUGGAAGCAUGCAGGAAGAAGAUUAGUAAUGGCCUCUACACUGCAGCCUUUCGGAUUUUAUCCUAUAACAGAGUUGCACCAGAUAAUCCAGAUACUCUGCACGAGUUACAACAAAAACAUCCGUACACACCCCCUCUUACCAUUCUUUCAGGCAAUGUUUCUACUGCGGCUAUAUCAGUUGACAGCAAGGCAGUAUUGGAUUCCAUUAGAAGCUUUCCGAAAGGUACUUCCUGCGGCAGGGACGGACUACGUGCUCAACACUUAUUAGACGCACUGAGUGGCCCUGCGGCUGUUGUUUCUGAUGAGUUACUCAAUUCAAUAACUGGUGUUGUAAAUUUGUGGCUCUCCGGUGAUUGUCCGGCUGUUCUUGGGCAAUACAUUGCUAGUGCCCCAUUAACUCCCUUACUCAAGCCAGAUGGAGGUUUGCGGCCAAUAGAAAUUGGUACAAUUUGGUGGCGACUGUGCUCCAAGAUUGCUGCAACCUCAGUUGGGAAGGAUAUGGCCAACUACUUGGGUAAUCACCAGUAUGGCGUGGGUAUCCCUUGUGGCGGUGAGAGUAUUCUUCAUGCAGCAAACAGGCUAAUGAAAUUAAAAGGUACAGAAAACAACAUUACCAUGAUGCUAGUUGAUUUUUCGAAUGCAUUUAAUCUGGUAGAUAGGACAACCCUAAUCAGAGAAGUACGAGAUAAAUGCCCUCAUAUAUCUAAGUGGGUCGAGUUCUGCUAUGCUCAACCUGCUAGGUUAUAUUAUAACGACUCAAUCUAUCGUCAUCUAAGGGUGUCCAGCAAGGGGAUCCCCUUGGACCACUUCUUUUUCUCUGGUUUUACAUUCAUUAGUCUGCAAAAUUGCCGCAAACUGCUCUCUUGAUAUGCAUGCAUGGUACCUAGACGACGGAACCAUUGUUGGCGACACGUUGGAAGUGUCAAAGGCCCUUAAGAUCAUCCAGCAAGAAGGUGGUUCCAGAGGCCUACACUUAAACAUCAGGAAAACUGAGAUUUACUGGCCAUCUACGGAUCCGAGGUGUUUUAUGGAAGAUGUUUUUCCAACUGAUAUAGGAAGACCUACCAGUGGUGUCAAGCUUCUUGGGGGGCCUGUUAGUUGUGAUCAUCAAUACUGCAGUGACUUGGUUUUUUCCAUAGAUGAUAAAACUUUCCACUUAAUGAAUUCUGUAAGACAACUGAAAGAUCCGCAGAGUGAGAUUUUUCUUUUACGCAAUUGCACAAGAGUUUCUAAACUAUACUUCACUCUACGAACCACAUCUCCGCAAGUUUUACAGGCUGCCAUUACUCAUUACGACCACCACCUGAGGAAAUAUCUCCAACACUUGAUCACUUGUGAUGGUGCCGGCUUUGGUCCACUCCAACAGCGGCUUGUUGCACUGCCUAUGAAAUAUGGAGGGUUUGGCAUCUAUACUCUUGAGAAUACGAGCCAGUAUUAUUACUUGGCUUCACUUACCCAGACUCACCACUUGCAGACUAAUAUUCUGAAUGUCGUGGACCUUUCAGCCCCUAGCCACAAUUACCAACAUGCUCUCAACAAGUUUAUGCAUGCCUGCGGUCUUUCUUCUUUCAGCAUCAGUUCUACUGCCCCACAUCCUAUGAAAACUUUGGAAGCCCAGUUCUUUGAUGUUGUUAAGAAAGAUACUGGCUAACUUCCAGUAGACAGCGAGGGAUGCAGUUUUGUGGCAAAGCAAUCAACUCGAUUACACCAUGGACUACCUGAAAGCCAUUCCAAUUGUCGGCCUUAACCAAUCACUCGGACCUAGGAAGUUCCGUGACGUAGCUCAGUAUCGGCUCGACAUUCCACUAUUUGCUGAAGAUAGCACUUGCUCUUGUUGUGGUCGCGGCAUGGACGUAUUUGGUGAUCAUGCACUCCACUGUGCAAGUGAAGUUGGCCUUAAAUUUCGUCACGAUUUGGACACAGCUCUCAAGCCUGCUGACAUAUUCAUACACAAUUGAGAAAAUGGACAAGAUACUUGCUUUGACGUCACCGGAGUUUCGCCUUUCACCGGCGGUGGAAUUCGUUGCUUCACACCGGGGCACGCUAUUUCUGCGGCGGUUGCUCGUAAAUGCAACAAAUACCUAGCCAAGUGCACAUCUCAAGGAUACCGGUUUUAUGCCUUGACCUUCUCGACGAUGGGGGAGCUUGGAGAGGACCUUGUUUUGCUGUUGAGGAGAUUGAAGAAUUACAUGCCUAACUAUGAUACUAACAACAAAGUAGGAGGUUUGCUUUUCAAUAGGAUAGGUUUGGCUAUCCAAAAGGGUGUUGGCGCACAGAUUGUUGUCCGACUUCCUCCCAUUCACGUGUAAAUAUUAAUAAUAAUAAUAAGAAAACGCCCUGAGUGGCUCUGAGUGG